AUGGACGUCGUCCGCGAGUGCGCCGAGGCCUGGGAGCGCCUCAUCACCGGCAAGACUGCCCCUGGUGGUAUCUCUCUCGCCAACACCACUGUCGCCCACUCUCCCAACCGCAUCGGCUCUGACCAGCUGCCCCAGCUUCCGCCUCACGAGGACCUCGCUCCUGAGAAGAUUGACAGCUCCAUCGACAAGUGGUUCUUCAUCUCCGGUGCCUCUGCUUAA